AAUAAAUCCUUAUUUUUUUUCAUUUGUACCUCUGCCUCAAAUGGCACAUAGUGUUAAAUGUUUUCCUUGAAUAAGAUAAACCUCAAUUUAUUCUUUGAAGAGACGAAGCCAUAGCUUAAAAAAGAACUAUGAAUAUGGCCCAGUAAGAAUAAGAGCCCCCGCAUAUUACAGACUUUCUGAAGUGUAGUCCUAGUGUGCUCAGGCAGACUAAACAAUCGGCAUGAUAGGAAAUAUUUUAGUUUAAAGGCAAUUGUAUAGCAAAACAAACUUUUUUUUCGACCAUUCAACCUUGUUGAUCGGUCGAUACUUAGGGCCAGUUGUACAAAUAUUUAAUCCUUGGUUGAGCAACUUUUAUCUACUGAAAUCGGUGUUAAAGGUGCAGUUUAGCACUGGAAUAAGGUCCCACUUAGGUUAAUAUUCUUAAUAAACUACACGUUUCGAGAUCUUUCAAGUGGUAUAGAGAUCAAUAGUUUUUGAAACAUGAAGAACACUAAAAUGAAGGCAGUAGAAUGUAUGGUUUUAGUUUUCUUGACAAGUUUUCUGGCCAUAACAAACGCUCUGGAUGAUUCUAGCAAUGAAGCUCCCAAGAUUCUCGAAGGACCAGUACAUAUAAUGGUGACUGAAGGAUCACUAGUCAUAUUGAAAUGUCGUACAUCUGGUACUCCAAAGCCAAAAAUUGAAUGGGAAAAAGAUGAUACAAAAUUGAAAGGCAUGAGAUUUGAAACAUUGCCAUCUGGUGAUUUGAAAAUAGAAACAGCAUAUUUUUUCGAUAAUGGAGUAUUCACUUGUAAGGCAGAGAAUGAACAUGGAAUAGCAAAGGAAAGUGCUAGACUAAUCAUUAAACAAAAAACUCGAGUUUUUGUAAAUUCACAUUUAAAAGAAAUUGGUGUUGGACAAACAGCAAUACUUGAUUGCAACGUUAUGUUUGAUGAUACUCUUUCGGUUGAAAUUGAGUGGUUAAAGGAUAAUAAGUCUAUUGCGUAUGAUAUUGAAAAUAAGUAUAUAAAAGGAAAUGACAACUCAUUAUCAAUAUUGAAAACUGUUGGAUCGGAUUCGGGUGAAUACACUUGUGUUGCACGUACUGAUAUCGACGAAGGAAAAGCCACAACAACAUUGGUCGUUGAAGAUGUACCAAAUGCACCAAUUUUAAAAGAGAUAAAUUGCAAUGGUCUAAAAGCUGAAAUAAGUUGGAUGCCUCAGGGAGACAACCGUUCACCAAUACUGUUUUAUUCUAUUGAGUACAACACUUCAUUUACACCUGAGAAGUGGGAUGUUGCAGUAGAUAAAGUGCGUUCUUCUUACACCAAGCAUACAUAUUUUAUGAAUCCAUGGGGUGUUUAUUCCUUCCGAGUGUUAGCUCAUAAUAAAUUAGGUCAAUCACAUCCAUCUGAAAACAGUGCUACUUGUACUACCCAGCCCGAUGUACCUUAUAAAAAUCCCACAAACGUAAAAGCAGAAGGAACUGAUCCAACAAAUAUGGUAAUAUCAUGGACUCCAAUGCCGGAGAUUGAGCACAACGGCCCACAACUUCAUUAUAGAGUAUCUUGGAAAAAAGAUACAGCCGACUCCGAGUGGGAAUCAAAGGAUAUUUUCGAUUGGAAGGAAAACAAAGUUAUUGUUAAUGACCAACCAAUGUUUCAAAAGUAUCUUGUGAAAGUGUUGGCCAUAAAUCAACUUGGUGAAUCUAAAAUUCCUGCUAAAGAAGUGAUUGGCUUUUCUGGUGAGGGUCGACCUUUGUUAGCUCCAAGUAAUUUUAAAAUGAUGAAAUUAACAAGUAGUACAGAGGCAUUAUUAAAAUGGGAUCCCGUUAGUAGCGAAUCACUUCAAGGACACUUUAAGGGUUACAAACUUCAAACUUGGACAGCUGAAGAGGGCGAAGAAUCACCUAGAGAAGUUUUAGUUGAUAAUAACGUCAAUGAAGUUCUUUUUAACCAAUUGAAACCAUAUUCAAAGAAUUUUGUGCGAAUAAGUGCUUACAAUUCACUUUUUGAUGGUCCAAGUACUGUAAUAAGCUUUGACACACCUGAAGGAUACCCAUCAAAUGUUGAGAAUUUGGAAUCAUAUGUUUUAAGCUCAUCGUCUAUACUUCUAACAUGGGAUGAACCACUGAAUAAAAAUGGUCGAUUAACUGGAUACAGGAUUUAUUAUGAAGCGGUUCGAGGCCCUUUUGCAGGUCUUAGGAUAGAAGGACAUCAUAUUAGAGAUCCAAAAUUGACUAGUUGUAUUUUGAAAAAUUUGCGUCCUGGUAUAAAAUACAGAAUAUAUGUGACUGCAACAACAGCUAUGGGAGAGGGACAAGAGUAUUUUAUUGAAAGCACAACAUUAAGACGUGACCGAAAAUCUAAGGAGCCAUCAGUCCCAGAUUUUAAAUGGGAGCCUUUGACGAGCAUAAUGGUAAAUUGGCAACCAUUUAAUGGUCAACCUACAGGCACACACUUCUUUACGCAAUAUAGAAUUAAGGGUGAGACAGAAUGGCAAAAUACUCACGAAGAAGACGAACAAGAUUUUCUAAUUGUGGGAGGACUGAGGCGUGAUUCUGUUUACGAGUUUCGUGUUGUUUCGGUUGAUGGAAAAUAUCAAACAGCAAGUGAAAUUAAAGAAAUAAAGACGCUUUAAUGAGCUAGUGGUUAGCUUAUUUUUAUGUUGAUCAAUCAUUACGUAUUUGUCAUACAUUAAACAAUAAAUCAACGAAUAAAUGUUUAACAAAAUAAACUAUAUGA